GUGGAAGAGCUGGCACUACAGUCCAUGAUCAGGUCGAGAGAGGAGAACGGAGAGGACUCUUCGUCGGCUGUUGCAGAGGAGCCUCAUCAAACUCUGGGGCAGAUGGACAACGAGGCUGCUAUCAAUCAAACAGAAUUACACCUAAGUCUGCAAGAGCAUGAAGAAGAGGAGGAAGAAGAGGAGGAAGAAUCAGAUUCUUGA